ACUCAUCAUUAAUGCAACCAGUCACACCUGUGAUAGUUGAGUCAACAUGUCUGUUUCUCUUUGUUCAUUUUAAUGUAAACUGCAGAAAUGAUGUGUGACCUAAAAGUAGAAAAAUAUGCAUGAACUUAAUGAAAAAGCCAUGAAAAGACCUUUCCAGAUAGUAAGUGUAACAGUUCAACACGCUUACUGUGAUGCUCUAAAGAUGUAUGCAACCCUACAUGUGUUAAAGUGGAUUUAGAUGCAACGUAGAAAUAAGAUUGCAUAACACCAGGGAUCCUGUGAAUGGGAGGAGUAAAUCAGGACCGCAAGCCUGAAAUACACGUUCUGCAAACCCUCCAAUCCAGUCGGCUUUACUCUGUGUAGCCCGGAGCAGCAGAUCACAGCUCUCUGAGCCACCACAACAUUCCUGAUAGCAUUCUCCUCGCUGGUAACCAUUUUAGUUGUUUUUAUUUGAGCUGUGAGUCCGGAGAACCGGAGUUUAUUGGGGAUGGAGGCUGCUGUUGCUGAGAGAAACGCGCCGGUGAGCCGGCUGGAGAGAUGCAACCACACGGCGUUCAUAGAGAAGCACACGCUAUAUGUGUGGGGAGGUUACCAGGUAGUUGCUGGAGAGGACAUCAUGUUGCCCAGUGAUGAGAUAUGGCUCUGUGAUCUAGACAGCGGGGUGUGGGAGCAGAGGCAGAUCACUGGUGACAAACCCCCAGAAUUAUCACGCUCCUGUGGCUCUCAUGUUAACGGCACACUCUACAUCUUUGCAGGGCAAAGCUCCGUUGGAUACACAAACCAGAUGUUCAGCGUUGACCUCACAGAGCAGAGCUUCUCGUGGAAGAGAGUGACCAACACCAAGGGAACGACACCCUCACCACGAAACGAACACUCCUGCUGGGUUCACCGAGAAAGAUUUAUCUACUUUGGUGGAUAUGGAUGUAAGACCAUAGGAGAGGUACAGAACACAUCAACAUCAAGCUUCGUCGUGGAUGAGAUGUCCUGGUCAACAAUUGGAGACACGUUAUUUAGGUGCUGGGGUUGGAACAAUGAAAUCAGUGUUUUUGAUACACAUACCGCCACGUGGAGCACGCCACAGACUAAGGGUCCUGCUCCUGCCCACAGAAGCUGCCAUGCCAGUGCCCUUCUGGGGAACAAAGGUUACGUCUCUGGUGGCGUGGACAUGGCGGAGUUGGACAUGUUCUGCUUAGACCUGGACACCUGGACCUGGACUUGCUUUGACAUCUCCCCAUCCUGCUCACCUCUGGGGCGCUCCAUGUUCACCAUGACGCCCACAUCAGAUCACACACUCUUCAUUUACGGAGGUCUCAGCACGGACGGAAAAACUCUUAAUGAUGCCUGGCAGUUUAACACACAAAAGAGAGAGUGGAACAUGCUGAUGCACCCACACAAGGACAAACCCAGAGUCAGUCACACAGCGUGCCUGGGAAGUGACAACGAUGUGGUCGUGUUCGGGGGAAGCAGCAAAAUGUGCUUUCUCAUAGAUUCGGUGGUUAUUCUGAGGGCUCCAUCACAUAAUCUGUGCAGAGACGUGUUCAUGUUUCAGACCCAGCCGUACUCCCUCUCCAGAUUGUGUGACGACUUUAUAGGAGGAAACCCGGAGCUGUUUGGGGAGCAGCUGAAGUGGCUGCCAUCAAAGUUGCGAAACAAAAUCGACAAGCGAGCGGCCUUUUUCUCUUCUACGAAGCCCGUUCUUACAGAGUUAGUUUUUUAGUUCCUGAGCUAGUUUGUUGUUGUAGUAAUAAUAAUUCUUCUUCUUCUUAUUAUUAUUAUUAUUAUUAUUAUUAUUAUUAUUAUUAUUAUUAUUACAAAACUGUUCUUUUCAUGUGUUGGAAAUGUUUUUUGUGUUUAAUGAUUUAAAAAAGAAAGUGGCAUUUUAACUUAAGACACAUUUGUAUGUUUUCUUUGUCUUGUUUUAAACGACCACUUUAGAUUUGGUAAGAGUUUACUCCUUAUGGUGAUUUAAUGAUGUGCAAUCUGUUUUUGAAAUAAAGAUAUUGAUAUGAUGUAUA